AUGACUAAGCUACAGUUUGUUACCAUGAUAGAUUUCCCAGUGUUUCUAGCUUCAGAAAUCAAACUCCAGCAACCAGAGAAUAAGCCAGGAGACCAGGCUGGAGAGCAGGUGCUUAGCCCCUCCCUCACCACCACCAGUGAAAAUCUCCCGCUGGAGCGCAGCUGUGGGGUGGCCCAGCAUGGAAGCAGCCACACAGCUCUGGAGGCGGCCUCGGGAUCCACACUGAAGGUGAAAGAAACGAGCCCAGCCAAUGCCGAAGGACCCCCUGCUUCAUCUCAACAAGAGUCCAGCAGCCCCAUUCCCCAGCUCCUGUCCCUUAUAGAAGAGCACCCCAAGAUCUGGCUACCUUGGACCUUGAGGCAGGCCUAUAUCCGGAAGGUCGGAGACACUGUGAACCUACUAAUCCCAUUCCAGGGCAAACCCAAACCUCGAACCACCUGGACACGUGAUGGCUGCCUUGAUGCCAGCCGUGUGAGUGUGCGGAAUGGGGAGCAGGACUCCAUCCUCUUCAUCCGAGAAGCCCAACGUGCUGACUCGGGUCGCUACCAGCUCAGUGUGCAGCUGGGAGAGCUGGAGGCCACUGCCACCAUUGACAUCCUGGUGAUCGAGAGGCCAGGCCCUCCUCAGGGUAUCAAGUUGGUGGACAUUUGGGGCUCCAGUGCUACUCUGGAGUGGACACCUCCCCAAGACGCGGGCAACACAGCACUCCUGGGACACACCGUGCAGAAGGCUGACACAAAAUCUGGGCUGUGGUUCACGGUGGAGCGUUAUCACCGCACCGGCUUCACGGUCUCCAAGCUCAUCAUGGGCAACUCCUACACCUUUCGAGUCUUUGCUGAGAACCAGUGUGGGCUCAGGGAGACCGCCCCCAUCACUGCUGACCUUGCGCAUGACCAGAAAGCAGCGACUGUUGGCAAGACCGAGGCGUCUGCGCAGCGAGAUUUCUCUGAAGCCCCCAAGUUCACCCAGCCUUUGGCAGACUGCACGACGGUCAGCGGCUAUGACACCCAGCUCUUCUGCUCCGUCCGCGCCUCUGCCAAGCCAAACAUCAUCUGGCUGAAGAACAAGAUGGAUAUCCAAGGCAACCCCAAGUACAGAGCUCUCAGUCACCUGGGAAUCUGCUCUUUAGAAAUCCGCAAAUGUGGUCCCUUUGACGGGGGCAUCUACACCUGCAAGGCGGUUAACCCUGGGGAGGCAUCUGUGGACUGUCGGGUGGAUGUGAAAGCUUCUCAUUGA